UGCUUGAGGAAUGGAGCUUCGCAGAGGUUGUAUUUAGAUUCAACAGUUCGGAGCGGCGGGGCUGCUGCUGCCGCCUCUUCCAAGAGCUCGCGAGGCUCCCCGGAGGCGGUGGUCCCCGCGCUCGUCUGGAUGCGGCUCUGAGUCUCCGUGUGUCUUUCUGCUUGUUGCUGUGUGCGGGUGUUCGGCCGCGAUCACCUUUGUGUGUCUUCUGUCUGUUUAAACUUCAGGAUGGCUCGCUUCGGGGAGGCGGUGGUCGGCAGGCCGGGGUCGGGCGAUGGAGACUCGGACCAGAGCAGGAACCGGCAAGGAACCCCGGUGCCGGCCUCGGGGCCGGCGGCCGCCUACAAGCAGUCGAAAGCGCAGAGGGCGCGGACUAUGGCUUUGUACAACCCCAUUCCUGUCCGGCAGAACUGUUUCACCGUCAACAGAUCCCUCUUCAUCUUCGGAGAAGAUAACAUUGUCAGGAAAUACGCCAAGAAGCUCAUCGAUUGGCCGCCAUUUGAGUACAUGAUUUUGGCCACCAUCAUUGCCAACUGCAUUGUCUUGGCCCUGGAACAGCAUCUUCCUGAGGAUGACAAGACCCCGAUGUCCCGCAGACUGGAGAAGACGGAACCGUAUUUCAUUGGGAUCUUUUGCUUUGAAGCUGGUAUCAAAAUUGUGGCCCUGGGGUUCAUCUUCCAUAAGGGCUCGUACCUCCGCAAUGGCUGGAAUGUCAUGGACUUCAUCGUGGUCCUCAGUGGUAUCCUGGCCACGGCAGGAACCCACUUCAACACACAUGUGGACCUGAGGACCCUCCGGGCUGUGCGUGUCCUGAGGCCCCUGAAGCUCGUGUCGGGGAUACCUAGCCUGCAGAUUGUGCUGAAGUCCAUCAUGAAGGCCAUGGUGCCUCUUCUGCAAAUUGGUCUUCUGCUCUUCUUUGCCAUCCUAAUGUUUGCUAUCAUUGGCUUGGAGUUCUACAGUGGGAAGCUGCACCGCGCGUGUUUCACAAACAAUUCAGGUAUUCUGGAAGGAUUCGACCCCCCUCACCCGUGUGGUGUGCAGGGCUGCCCCGCUGGUUACGAAUGCCGAGACUGGAUUGGCCCCAACGAUGGGAUCACCCAGUUUGAUAACAUCCUUUUUGCUGUGCUGACCGUCUUCCAGUGCAUCACCAUGGAAGGGUGGACCACCGUGCUGUACAAUACCAAUGAUGCCUUAGGAGCCACCUGGAACUGGCUGUACUUCAUCCCCCUCAUCAUCAUUGGAUCCUUCUUUGUUCUCAACCUAGUUCUGGGAGUGCUCUCCGGGGAAUUUGCCAAAGAGAGAGAGAGAGUGGAGAACCGGAGAGCGUUCAUGAAACUGCGGCGGCAACAGCAGAUUGAGCGCGAGCUGAAUGGGUACCGCGCCUGGAUAGACAAAGCAGAGGAAGUCAUGCUUGCCGAAGAAAAUAAAAAUUCUGGGACGUCAGCCUUAGAAGUGCUUCGAAGGGCAACCAUCAAAAGGAGCCGGACAGAGGCCAUGACUCGAGACUCUAGCGAUGAGCACUGCGUGGAUAUCUCCUCUGUGGGCACCCCUCUCGCCCGAGCCAGCAUCAAAAGUACAAAGGUGGAUGGGGCCUCCUAUUUCCGGCACAAAGAAAGGCUUCUGCGCAUCUCUAUACGCCACAUGGUUAAAUCCCAGGUGUUCUACUGGAUCGUGCUGAGCCUCGUGGCUCUCAACACCGCCUGUGUGGCCAUCGUCCAUCACAACCAGCCCCAGUGGCUCACGCAUCUUCUCUACUAUGCAGAGUUUUUGUUUCUGGGACUGUUCCUCUUGGAGAUGUCCCUGAAGAUGUAUGGCAUGGGGCCUCGACUUUAUUUUCACUCUUCAUUCAACUGCUUUGAUUUUGGGGUCACAGUGGGGAGUAUCUUUGAAGUGGUCUGGGCAAUCUUCAGACCUGGUACAUCUUUUGGAAUCAGUGUCUUGCGAGCUCUCCGGCUUCUAAGAAUAUUUAAAAUAACCAAGUAUUGGGCAUCUCUGCGAAAUCUGGUGGUCUCCUUGAUGAGUUCUAUGAAGUCUAUCAUCAGUUUGCUGUUCCUCCUCUUCCUCUUCAUCGUUGUCUUUGCUCUCCUAGGAAUGCAGCUGUUUGGAGGCAGGUUUAACUUUAAUGAUGGGACUCCUUCAGCAAACUUUGACACCUUCCCUGCAGCCAUCAUGACCGUAUUUCAGAUCCUAACAGGGGAGGACUGGAAUGAGGUGAUGUACAAUGGGAUCCGCUCCCAGGGUGGGGUCAGCUCAGGCAUGUGGUCAGCUAUCUAUUUCAUUGUGCUCACCUUGUUUGGAAACUACACACUGCUGAACGUGUUCUUGGCCAUUGCUGUGGACAAUCUGGCCAAUGCCCAAGAGCUGACCAAGGAUGAGCAAGAAGAAGAGGAGGCUUUCAACCAGAAACAUGCAUUGCAGAAGGCCAAGGAGGUCAGCCCGAUGUCUGCACCCAACAUGCCUUCUAUCGAAAGAGACAGAAGGCGAAGACACCACAUGUCGAUGUGGGAGCCACGCAGCAGCCACCUGAGGGAGCGGAGGCGCCGGCACCACAUGUCGGUGUGGGAGCAGCGCACCAGUCAGCUGCGAAGGCACAUGCAGAUGUCCAGCCAGGAGGCCCUCAAUAAAGAGGAGGCCCCACCAAUGAACCCCCUCAACCCCCUCAACCCGCUGAGCCCCCUCAACCCACUCAAUGCCCACCCCAGCCUCUACCGGAGACCCAGGCCCAUCGAGGGUCUGGGCCUGGGCCUGGAGAAGUGUGAGGAGGAGCGCAUCAGCCGCGGGGGGUCCCUCAAGGGGGAUGGAGGGGACCUGUCAAGUGCCCUGGACAACCAGAGGAGCCCCCUGUCCCUGGGCAAACGGGAGCCACCAUGGCUGGCCCGGCCCUGUCAUGGCCACUGUGACCCGACCCAGCAGGAGGCUGGGGGAGGGGAGACCAUGGUGACCUUCGAGGACCGCGCCAGGCACAGGCAGAGCCAGAGGCGCAGCCGGCACCGUCGCGUCAGGACAGAAGGCAAGGAGCUCUCCUCCACCUCUCGGAGCCGGUCGGCCAGCCAGGAGCGGAGUCUGGAUGAAGGGGUGCCCACCGACGGGGAGAAGGACUGCGAGUCCAGGGGCAGCCACACGGGCAAGGAACCCACAAUCCAGGAAGAGGAGAGAAGCCAAGACUUGAGGAGGACCAACAGUCUCAUGGUGCCCAGAGGCUCCGGGCUGGCAGGAGCCCUCGAUGAGGACAACACGCCUCUGGUCCGGCCCCAGCCAGAGCUGGAAAUGGGGAAGGACACGGUGCUGACAGAACAGGAGGCGGAGGGCAGCAGCGAGCAAGCCCUGCUGGGCGACGUGCAGCUGGAUAUAGGCCGGGCCAUCAGCCAGAGUGAGCCUGACCUCUCCUGCACCAUGGCUGACACAGACAAGGCCAACACCGACAGCACCAGCGUCACCGUCGCCAUCCCAGACGUGGGCCCCUUGGUGGACUCAACUGUGGUUCACAUUAGCAACAAGACUGAUGGAGAAGCCAGUCCCUUGAAGGAGGCAGAAAUCAAAGAGGAAGAAGAGGAGGUGGAAAAGAAGCAGCAGAAGAAGGAGAAGCGUGAGACAGGCAAAGCCAUGGUGCCCCACAGCUCCAUGUUCAUCUUCAGCACCACCAACCCGAUCCGCAGGGCCUGCCACUACAUCGUGAGUCUGCGCUACUUUGAGAUGUGCAUUCUCCUGGUGAUCGCGGCCAGCAGCAUCGCCCUGGCAGCCGAGGACCCCGUCCUGACCAACUCUGAGCGCAACAAAGUCCUGAGGUAUUUUGACUAUGUUUUCACUGGCGUGUUCACCUUUGAAAUGGUCAUAAAGAUGAUAGACCAAGGCUUGAUCCUGCAGGACGGGUCCUACUUCCGCGAUUUGUGGAACAUCCUGGACUUCGUGGUGGUGGUUGGCGCAUUGGUGGCCUUUGCUUUGGCGAACGCUCUGGGAACAAACAAGGGGCGAGACAUCAAGACCAUCAAAUCUCUGAGGGUCCUCCGAGUUCUGAGGCCAUUGAAGACCAUCAAGCGCUUGCCCAAGCUCAAGGCUGUCUUUGACUGUGUGGUAACCUCCUUAAAGAACGUCUUCAACAUCCUCAUUGUCUACAAGCUCUUCAUGUUCAUCUUUGCUGUCAUUGCGGUUCAGCUCUUCAAGGGAAAAUUCUUUUAUUGCACAGACAGUUCCAAAGACACAGAGAAGGAGUGCAUAGGCAACUAUGUAGAUCAUGAAAAAAACAAGAUGGAGGUGAAAGGCCGGGAAUGGAAACGCCAUGAAUUCCACUAUGACAACAUUAUCUGGGCCCUGCUGACCCUCUUCACCGUCUCCACAGGAGAAGGAUGGCCUCAAGUCCUACAGCAUUCUGUUGACGUGACAGAGGAAGACCGAGGACCAAGCCGCAGCAACCGCAUGGAGAUGUCCAUCUUUUACGUGGUCUACUUCGUGGUCUUCCCUUUCUUCUUUGUCAACAUCUUUGUGGCUCUCAUCAUCAUCACCUUCCAGGAGCAAGGGGACAAGAUGAUGGAGGAGUGCAGCCUGGAGAAGAACGAGAGGGCAUGCAUCGACUUUGCCAUCAGCGCCAAACCUCUCACCCGCUACAUGCCACAGAACAGGCAUACAUUCCAGUACCGCGUCUGGCACUUCGUGGUGUCCCCAUCCUUUGAGUACACCAUCAUGGCCAUGAUCGCCCUGAACACCGUCGUGCUGAUGAUGAAGUACUACUCUGCUCCCUGUACCUACGAACUGGCCCUGAAGUACCUGAAUAUUGCCUUCACCAUGGUGUUCUCCCUGGAGUGUGUCCUAAAAGUCAUCGCAUUCGGCUUCUUGAACUAUUUCCGAGACACCUGGAAUAUCUUUGACUUCAUCACUGUGAUUGGCAGUAUCACAGAAAUCAUUCUGACAGACAGCAAGCUGGUGAACACCAGUGGCUUCAACAUGAGCUUUCUGAAGCUCUUCCGAGCCGCCCGCCUCAUCAAGCUUCUCCGGCAGGGCUACACCAUCCGUAUUUUACUCUGGACCUUCGUGCAGUCCUUUAAGGCCCUCCCCUACGUCUGCCUUUUGAUUGCCAUGCUUUUCUUCAUCUAUGCCAUCAUUGGGAUGCAGGUGUUUGGAAACAUAAAAUUAGAUGAGGAGAGUCACAUCAACCGACACAACAACUUCCGGAGUUUCUUCGGGUCCCUCAUGUUACUCUUCAGGAGUGCCACAGGCGAGGCCUGGCAGGAGAUAAUGCUGUCAUGCCUCGGGGAGAAAGGCUGCGAGCCAGACACCACUGCGCCUUCGGGGCAGAACGAGAAUGAGCGCUGUGGCACAGAUCUGGCCUACGUUUACUUUGUCUCCUUCAUCUUCUUCUGCUCCUUCUUGAUGCUCAACCUGUUCGUGGCCGUCAUCAUGGACAACUUUGAGUACCUGACUCGGGACUCCUCCAUCUUAGGGCCUCACCACUUGGACGAAUUUGUCCGCGUCUGGGCAGAAUAUGACAGAGCUGCAUGUGGCCGCAUCCAUUACACUGAGAUGUAUGAAAUGCUGACUCUCAUGUCACCACCGCUAGGCCUCGGCAAGAGAUGUCCCUCCAAAGUGGCAUAUAAGAGAUUGGUCCUGAUGAAUAUGCCAGUGGCUGAGGACAUGACGGUCCACUUCACCUCCACACUGAUGGCUCUGAUCCGGACAGCUCUGGACAUUAAGAUUGCCAAAGGUGGUGCAGACAGACAGCAGCUAGACUCGGAGCUGCAAAAGGAGACCCUGGCCAUCUGGCCCCACCUGUCCCAGAAGAUGCUAGAUCUGCUUGUGCCCAUGCCCAAAGCCUCAGACCUGACUGUGGGCAAAAUCUAUGCCGCGAUGAUGAUCAUGGACUACUACAAGCAGAGUAAGGUGAAGAAGCAGAGGCAGCAGCUGGAAGAGCAGAAAAAUGCACCCAUGUUCCAGCGCAUGGAGCCCUCAUCUCUGCCUCAGGAGAUCAUUGCUAAUGCCAAAGCCCUGCCCUAUCUCCAGCAAGACCCUGUUUCAGGCCUGAGUGGCCGUAGUGGAUACCCUUCGAUGAGUCCGCUCUCCCCCCAGGAAAUAUUCCAGUUGGCUUGUAUGGACCCGGCCGAUGAUGGACAGUUCCAGGAACAGCAGUCUCUGGAGCCAGAGGUUAGUGAAUUAAAAAGCGUGCAGUCUUCUAACCAUGGCAUCUACCUUCCUUCGGACACCCAGGAGCAUACGGGAUCUGGGAGGGCAUCCUCUAUGCCACGCCUGACUGUGGAUCCCCAGGUGGUGACAGAUCCCAGCUCCAUGAGACGUUCAUUUUCUACAAUUCGGGAUAAGCGUUCAAAUUCCUCAUGGCUGGAGGAAUUCUCCAUGGAGAGAAGCAGUGAAAACACCUAUAAGUCGCGUCGUCGGAGUUACCACUCCUCGCUGAGGCUGUCAGCUCAUCGCCUGAAUUCUGACUCAGGCCACAAGUCUGACACCCACCGCUCAGGGGGCAGAGAGCGGGGACGGUCGAAAGAGCGAAAGCAUCUUCUCUCUCCCGAUGUCUCCCGCUGCAACUCAGAGGAACGAGGGACCCAGGCCGACUGGGAGUCCCCAGAGCGCCAGCAGUCCAGGUCUCCCAGUGAGGGCAGGUCACAGACCCCCAACAGACCGGGCACAGGUUCCCUGAGUGAAAGCUCCAUCCCCUCCAUCUCUGACACCAGCACCCCAAGAAGAAGUCGCCGGCAGCUCCCACCGGUCCCCCCCAAGCCUCGGCCCCUCCUCUCCUACAGCUCCCUUCUGCACCACACCGGGAGCAUCUCUCCGCCAGCGGACGGGAGCGAGUGCGGCUCCCCGCUGGCCUCGCAGGCGCUGGAGAGCACGGAGGCCAGCCUGGUGGAGUCUUCCAGCUGCCGGCACACCCCGCAGGGCCGGCACACCCCGCAGGGCCAGCACCCCUCCCCACAGCGCUACAUCUCCGAGCCCUACCUGGCCCUGCACGAAGACUCCCACGCCUCGGACUGCGGCGAGGAGGAGACGCUCACCUUCGAAGCCGCCGUGGCCACCAGCCUGGGCCGCUCCAACACCAUCGGCUCCGCACCGCCACUGCGGCACAGCUGGCAGAUGCCCAACGGGCAUUAUCGGCGGCGGCGGCGUGGGGGGCCCGGGCCGGGCGUCAUGUGUGGGGCUGUCAGCGACCUCCUGAGUGACACGGAAGAAGACGACAAGUGCUAG